GAGCGGCCCGGGGGGGGGGGUCCGGGGUGUGGGGCCGGGAACGGGGCCGGGAACGGCAGCGCUGCCCGGGGGGUGGGGGGGUGCAGCGGCGGCGGCUCCGCUCCGCUCCGUCCCGGACUACAAGUCCCAGAGGCCGGCAGGGCCCUGCCGGUUCCCGGGAACCGCCACCGGAGCGGCGAGCCCUGGGCCGGCUGCCGGCCGGAACGGAGCUGUUCGCAUGACCGAGGCAGGCCAUGGCGGCGGGCGGCGGGGCAGCGGGAGGCGCCGCUCGGCAGCACCGGCUGCGGCCCGGGGACACACUGCCGGGGCUGGCGCUGCGCUACGGCGUGACGACGGAGCAGAUCAAGCGAGCCAACCGCCUCUACACCUCGGACACGAUCUUCCUCAAGCCCACCCUGCUCAUCCCCGCGCCGGCGGGGCCGGGGCAGCCCUGCCCCGAGGACGAGGACAAGGAUGAGGACAAGGACGGUUCGGUGCCCCCGGGGGACGCCACUGCCGCUUCUGCCCCGUCCAGCCACGACCUCUCUGCCAGCGCUUUCCUGCGCCGGUUGGACGCCGAGAUCGGGCGCUCGAAGGCGGCGGCGGCGGCGGCGCAGCGGCUGCGUGCGGGCGGCUCGGGCACGACCGUGAGCGAAGGCUCCCGGAGCCGCGAUCCCGGCGUCCCGCCGCCCCCACGGGGGGCUCGCCUCGGCCCCCGGCCCCUCACCCGGACCCCGCGGGCAGCUGCCCUCCGCGAUGCCGAGGACGAGAUCUUCACGCUGUGACGCCGGGGACCUGGCGCCGGAGCUGGCAUCCCGCGGGGACGGCGACCCGGGGGCAGCCUCCGGCACCCGGCGCCGGUUGGGAGCUACCGGAGGGGCCGCAGAGGGAGGGGAAGGGAGGGACGGGAAGGUGCUGCCCCCCCCUGCCUCCUGCGAGGGACCUCACACCCAGCGCCGGGUGCUGGGAGCUGCUGGGAGCCGCUGGGAGCUGCUGGGAGCCGCUGGGAGCUGCUGGGAUGUGCUGGGAGCUGCUGGGAGCUGCUGGGAUGUGCUGGGAGCUGCUGGGAGCCACUGGGAUAUGCUGGGAGCUGCUGAGUGCUCCUACUGGGAGCUGCUGGGAUGUGCUGGGAGCUGCUGGGAGCUGUCUGGGAUGUACUGGGAGGCACUGGGAGCUGCUGGGAGCCAUCUGGGAUGUGCUGGGAGCUGCUGGGAUGUGCUGGAAGAUCCUGGGAGCUGCUGGGAGCUCCUGGGAUGUGCUGGGAGCCAUCUGGGAUGUGCUGGAAGAUCCUGGGAGCUGCUGGGAGCCACUGGGAUGUGCUGGGAGUUGCUGAGUGCUCCUACUGGGAGCUGCUGGGAUGUGCUGGGAGCUGCUGGGAGCUGCUGGGAUGUGCUGGGAGCUCCUGGGAGCUGUCUGGGAUGUACUGGGAGCUCCUAGGAGCUGCUGGGAGGUACUGGGAGUUGCUGAGUGCUCCUACUGGGAGCUGCUGGGAUGUACUGGGAGCUCCUGGGAGCUAUUGGAAUGCACUGGGAGGUACUGGGAGGCACUGGGAGCUCGCACUGGGAGGCACUGGGAGCUCGCAC